ACGUCUCCCCGAAUUGUCAGGACGUUGACCGAAAACUUAAAGUGUAUGUCUGGAUUCGUUUGAUUGCGUGACUCGGGCAUGACUUCUCGCGUCGGAAUUUGAUCUUUGAUCGCAUUAAUUUAUCGGCGCGUGGGUCCUUAUACUGCGCGCCAUGUGUUCCUUGCCAGUCGCGACUAGCGAGUAGUCGUCGGAACGUUGUCGUUAGGAUCAAAGGUGAAGCGCUGCAUAAAGUCUGCAUGCCGAUAAAUAUAAAUUGUGCCCGUUUAUAAUUGCGCACGUUGACUGAAAUGUCAGUUGAAUUUUAAUGGUGCAUGGUUUCUGUGUCCGUAUGACCUUCAGCUCAAACUUGUGUAACGUAGUACCUGAACUUAGACGAAAAAGAUGGCAACAAUGCUGUACCGGAGUCUUGUUCUAGCAGAGACGUUUGCACGAAAAAACGGGCCAAAGCUUUUAGUAGCUUCAAUCCCCACGAAAUGGCAACAGCCACAACGAAAUUUAAAUGUUCACGAGCACAUCAGCUUCUCUCUCCUGAAAGAGGCGGGCGUACCAGUGCCCAACUUCGGUGUGGCUAAGAACCCAAAAGAAGCCGCCGAUAUAGCAAAAUCUUUAAAUGUUAAAGAUAUUGUAUUGAAGGCCCAAGUGUUAGCUGGUGGCCGUGGUAAGGGAGCCUUCAAGAAUGGAUUGAAAGGUGGUGUUAGAAUGGUAUACACGCCAGAAGAGGCAAGUGAUAUCGCCGGUAAAAUGAUUGGUGAUUACUUGAUCACUAAACAAACUGGAGAAAAAGGUCGAAUUUGUAAUGCUGUCAUGGUCACUGAAAGAAAAUUUCCCCGGAAAGAAUAUUACUUUGCAAUUAUGAUGGAACGUGCCUUUCAAGGUCCUGUUCUGAUUGCUUCUGCACAAGGUGGUGUGAAUAUUGAAGAAGUAGCUGCAGAAAACCCUGAGGCAAUUAUAUAUGAACCAAUUGACAUUACAGAAGGUCUAUCAAAAGAAAAAGCACAAUCUGUUGCAACAAAAGUUGGUCUUGGUGAUAACAAAGACACAGCAGAGAUGUUGCUUCGUUUAUACAAUUUAUUUCUCAAGAAAGACGCUUUGUUGAUUGAAGUGAACCCAUAUGCUGAAGAUUCAAGUGGAAAAUUUUUUUCCCUGGAUUGCAAGAUGCGAUUUGAUGAUAACGCUGAUUUCCGCCAGAAAGAACUGUUUGAUAAACGAGAUUGGACACAAGAAGAUCCAAAGGAAGUUCAAGCUGCCAGGUUCAAUCUUAACUAUAUUGCACUGGAGGGUGAUAUUGGCUGUUUAGUAAACGGCGCUGGUCUGGCUAUGGCAACUAUGGAUAUUAUCAAAUUACAUGGAGGAGAACCUGCUAAUUUCUUAGAUGUGGGAGGUGGUGCUACUGCUGCUCAAGUUAAAGAAGCAUUCAAAAUUAUUACAGCUGAUCCAAAGGUGCAUGCUAUUCUUGUGAACAUCUUUGGUGGAAUUAUGCGAUGUGAUGUAAUAGCAGAAGGCAUCAUUGCAGCUGCCAAGGAACUCAAUUUAAAAAUGCCAAUUGUUUGCCGUCUCCAGGGCACGAAUGUGGAUGACGCCAAGGUGCUGAUUGCUUCAUCUGGCCUAAAAAUCCUGGCCUGUGACAAUCUGGAUGAGGCUGCUCGUCUGGUGGUGAAACUGUCCAACAUUGUGAGCCUCGCCCGAGCUGCCAAGCUCGACGUCAACUUCGAAAUUCCUCUGUAAAACAAAAGAAAUCUUUGUCCUCUACUCUUCACAAUCCUUGUCCCUCGUGCUCUUCUGCCUGCCCCUCUUUCAGUGAUGUCCUGUAGUCUCAAACCGAAGGCACAGAAUCAUCUUCUGUUACAAGAGUCGGAGUAGUCGGGGACAUUUUUUGUGUUCCACAAGUCCUGGUAGUGGUUGUUCUUGUCAAGGACUUGCUCUGCUGAUUUAAUGGCUAAGCCAGAGACUACUUCACCUUACAUCUGCUACGGAUAGGGUGUGUACAUUUUCCCUUGGUGAAGUUUUGCUAUAUCCAUUGUAUUAAAAUUCACUGCCAUUAUAUGGCAUUGAUCUUGUUGUUACCUUGAGUAGUACCAACAUCUUUGAAAGGUGCCAGGAAUUUACCUGUCCUUGCAAGAAAAUUUUGUGAAAAGUAUUAUAAAAGAUGUAUGUAGAUUAGAGUAUGAAAUUUCUUUGCCUCAAAGAGUGGUUGACAAGUUCUGUCCUUUUAGGAUGUACUUGUUUGUAGUGUAUAUUGCUUAUGAGUGGUCUUGCUCCGAGGAUUUAGAGCUGCACGAGGCCAUUCGUUUGCCAGGGAGCAAACUGUAAUGAAAUACACCCUCAAGCAAUCCUGGUGAAAACUGCCAACCUGCUUGAGAUGCAACCCUUUACCCCCGCUUAUUUAUAUGUAGCUUGUAAAUGUUGAAGUCAUUUUCUGUUACCCUCUGAUAGAGAAAUACUCUGUAUGUUGUUGUUAUUUUAAUUUUUUUUUUUUGUACAAAUAUAUUUAAUUCUUGUAAAAUAUAGUAGUUAUUUCACCCACCUUACUGCAAUCCUCAUCCUGCAUUAGAAGUUAGCUCUGCCUGAGUACAUAAUUUGCUAUGUAGGCCCAUGGAAUAGUGUGCAGUAUGAUUUUAAUUUGUGAUAUAAAAAAUAUUUUUCUAAUUCCCAAAGAUAUUGCAAGUGAAAUUUAUGAUCAGUGGGUGCUCCUGCAAAUUGUGAAUGGUUUUGGUUAGCCUUUUGGCUGUUGUAUUGUUCUUUCAGGGAAAUUUUGCAGAAGAAGCUAAUAAAUCCUUUGCUAAAACUACUCUACCACUCAUCAUGGCCCCUGGGUUUGAGGAAGCCGCAUGCAAGAUAGUUGUCUGCUUGCAACUUGUCAAGAAAACUCAGCGUUAGUUAAAGCUGCAACAAUCUGAACUAGAUAAAAAGUCCUUAUCACAUGCACCCGCUAAUAUGUUUCAAGACUACGGAGCAUUGCAAAUAUUGGAGGCACAUUUGGUUAUCGUUUAUCAGUGUAUAUUAAAUGAUAAUUUUCCAUAUUUGAGUUUGUAAAUAUAUAAAUCUUUGGGAUGAAUAAAUAUAUUAUAUAAAGAAUUUG